UCAGCGAGAGAACUACGUACGUAGGAACCGCCUUGGAUAGGAAUUAACACACACAGCCACGCGGUCUUAGCACACAGUGCACCAUCCACAGCAUCUGUUUCAACAUCUAUUGAAAUCUCUCUGGAAGUUGGUCUCGGAAACGAACACAAAAAAUCAAACAAGUCUUUUCACUCGGUCUCCAACCUGUCAUUAUGAAGCCUGAAGUUCAAUGCGCAAUCACGUUCAUCUUGGAGCAGCUGUGCUCCAAGCUUCCCCGUCAUAAACAAGACCUAUUUGCCGACGAGCUCGACAAAUCUCUCGUCAACAAAUUCAACGGGCACUGGUACCCAGAAUCCCCAUGCAAGGGCUCGGGCUACAGAUGUCUCCGCAUUGGCACCAGGGAGAUGGAUGCUGCCGUUGCCAUGGCAAUACAGAGGAGCGGCCUGGAGGCGGGAGAGCUAUCAGAUGCCCUCCAGCAUGAGCUCAGCAUCUGGGUUGAUCCAGGGGAGGUGUCCUAUCGUAUGGGCGAAAAAGGAACAGUCACAGUAAUCUACCGCGAGAAGCGCGCCAAAUCUGCUGGAUCAAUCCAGUGUGAACUGGAUCUGGCCGGUCCGAACCAGUUCAACUUCAACCCCGAGGCUGAGGAUUUCCUGCCAAUGACAAUGGACUCGUUGACGUCAUCCAUGAGGGGGAUUUCACUAUCACCGGUGUCUGCCUUGGGAUUUCAGCCGAUGGUCCAGCUGGGACUCCCGACUCCUACCCCACACCAACCCCUCCCCCACCCGCAGGCACUCCACCCGUUGCCCCCAACAGUUCCCUCUCCAGCCCCAGUCUCCAGUAAGCCAAGACUACCAGCAGCCCCACUCUCGAGACCGUCUUCUCUCACCUUCACUGCGGCGUCUUUUGCCCAGACCAAAUUCGGCUCCACUAAGCUAAAGUCCGCAGGCAAGAAAGUUAACUUUCAACAGCUGUCCCCGACAGAGUUCGCCAACUACAUGAAACAGCGAUCGGCAAUGAAAGGAUUUCGCAGUCAACGGUCGCCCGUUGGGGGUCGCGAAUUCCCGCUCGUCCAGGGCAAGGAUGAUGGUGGCUUUGGGUACUGGAGCGAGACUCCACCUCCUCCACAGUCUUACCCAGCUGGUCUGGGGUUCGACUCCUCCCAGAGCAACCACACGCAAGCUAACCAUGAGUCGUGGAUGAUCUACGACAGCCUAAACGCAGCCCUACCGUCCACUGACCAAUAUGGUCACCAGUCUCUAAUCGCAGCUAACUGAAAGCUCGCACCUAAGACGUCCAGGUGACGACUUGAAGAAAGCACUGAACUUCCAUUAUACAAAAAUCAUUAUGAAAUUGUCGUGUAUUUGGUCACUUGUAACCAUAGUAACUCGAACUGAAUGUACAGCAGCAGUUCAGCAGAAGGUUUCGGUUCUAAACCAAAUCACGUCUUUUCUCUCCCGCCACGGGAAUGCCACUUUUACAUUUUUCAGAAUGCAACUCGGCCCACUGCGGCUGCGCGAUGACACUGAGCCCUUUUGACUCGUAUAGCUUUUUUAUAUUAUUGAUAUCAAAUUAUACAGAUUAUAAAAUAAAAAUAAAUCGAGUAAAUAAUUUUCACAAUGAUAUUUUUACAUUCUUUCUCAAUCUAAACUGAGUAUCAUAUUUUUUUAAGUUGAUGAAGCGGUCAGAUGUUUUUCAUGCUUUGUUGAAGAUAGAAGUUUUGUAAAAUAAUAGUACAGUUUGAGGAAUUACAUGCACUGUGACUUGCGAACCAUCUUGUGAGUGAAUGUCGAAUGGAUCAUUCGGGGUCAAGAAACAUUUCUUCUACGGGAGUACUAUGAUAGGAAUUUAUCGAAGAAGCCUACAUGUAUGUCAUGCGUGGAGGAUAACUCCACAUUCCUUGUAUAAUAAAGACAGUCAUUCAACUCGUUCAAAGUCCUUGCAUUGUGAUCACUUCUUCACCAAAGAUUCUCUUGCGGUCACACAUACCGAUUUUUUUUUCCGAUGAAGCGACAUUGGAAAGUUUAGUGACUGUCUGUUCGCCAUGCUAAAUAUAAAUUGAAAUGCAGCACCCGUUGGGUGUCAAAUUUCUCAAUUAAUGUCAUUAGACGGCUGUUUUAUCAAAAAGUGAGUGACUGAUUGGCAUUUAAAAUAAUGUCAUGUUAAAAGGUCGGGUAGAUUUCAUUAAGAGACUAGCAAUGAAUAGUUAAAAUUAAUUGUCAACGGCUGUUUUAUUCGGUUUGUAAAUCGCUAUAUGGCAUAACAAGGUGAUAACUGAUCGCAUUUUGAUGAAGUUUGAGGUAUGUAAAUUUACACAGCUGAAUCAGUCGUGGAAUGUAUUAUUCAUGUAUUUGGCCUCUGGAAUAUUAUUAUGUAUUGCAUUGUACCAAACACACGCCUGAUCUCCAUUUGUGGUUCUUUGACUGACAUGAAUAAAUCUCGAUUUUAAGAUACAAUAAUCUUGAAGCUUUUGAAACUAGUGACGCUUAAGAUUAUACCGUAUACUUUAAUCAUGAUGCAGCUAUAUUAAUAACUAUAUGUUUCUAAUCCACACAAAGGCUUCUAUGGCAAAUAGCCUGAACCCCUUUUUGGUAUGAUGAGCAACAGCAUUAGUUAUCGUCAUUGCAGACAGGGAACAUGGCACAAUAUACCUUUCUAAACGUCACAGCCCAAACAUGAAAACUAACUAUAGGAAGCCAUAAAUGCAAAGCAAAACCACAUAGUCAAAGUUUGUAACGAUGUUACACACAUUCGAAAAAUAGUGUUGGAUUCUUUUGGAAACAAAGUAAUCAAAAAAGGAUGCAUUUUACCUGAACUGAACAUUUUCAGAAAUGUUGAAGUUGGUCACAAUUAUGUGAACACAAUUGAAUGUUUUGGUAACAUUAAGACGUCAAUGACAACCAGCGAAGUUUAUCUUCAAUAGAAAGGUCUACUAAGCGGCUUCAUGGUAAAACUAAAUAUAAGCCACUUUAUUUUUUAAGGAGAAAAAUAAAUGUUUCGAAAACUUUCAUGAUGUUUUGGCUGAGCCGCCUAACUGCAAUUUCUGUUCCUGAAAAAAUAAUCAGAUAAUAGAACUCCAAUUAUAAGAUGACGUGGAUAAUGAUUUUGACGUCACUGCUCAUCAAACACAAAAUGGCGUACGUAAAAGCAAGUUGUACCAUGUUUGCACUCGACUCUGUGUUUGUUUAAAUUAAUAUAGUAUUGUGUAAGAAUACAAGAUAAAACACUCCACUUAUUUUAUUUACGAGUUUUCUUUUUAAAUUUUUUGAACCAGCGUUAUAUACUAAAAUAUAGAUAUUAUAUAUAUAUAUUUCAUAGGUUCUCUGUUGAGGAUGGGGUAACCGUAUUUUGAUAUGUCGACGCAUGAAACAAAAAAAUACCAAAGCGUUGUUUUACUGUUUAUUUUGUUUUAACUGGUAUUUGGGGGACUUUGUCAUUUCUCGUUAUGUUUUUCUAUGUUCAGAUGCCACAAAUGUGGAUUUUGUUUUUUUUGUCGUGGAUUCUUAUGAAGGAACAUUAGUAAAACAUUAAGCGUUAUUAUAAUAUCUCAUUAUUAAAAACAACAGUAGCUACUUUGUUUAUACUAACAACAUAUGAGAUGUCACAAGUCUACUGUAUUUGAUACCAAAUUUCUAUUUUAGUACUUUCAUUUGAAAAAAAAAUAUAAACUUAGAUUUUGAGGUUUUAAAUGCAAUUUCUUACUAUUUUGGUAACAUUGAAACAUUGUAUUGAAAUGAUCUGAGCUGGUUUGUAUUGUGCAAUAAGAGAUGAUAUGUCACGAUGGUGCAUGUAAUCUGUAUAUGGCUUGAUCAACUUAUUUAUAAUAUUAACAGACGUAAGAAAAAUAAAUUUUGUUUUGAAAUGAACAACAA